AGUUUCAAUGAGAGAUUGUUUGGUUCCACCGCUUUGAUUGUUCACAAUGGUGUCACCUCUUCUGAUUCUCUGCCUUGUUCUUCCCGUUCUUCUGCUGUUCUUCUUACGACAGCGUGGAACCUUGAAGAACCAUUCCUUUCCACCUGGUCCUAAAGGUCUUCCCAUAAUAGGAAACCUUCAUCAGCUUGAUAACUCUCUUCUUUAUCUUCAACUCUAUAAACUCUCAAAGAAAUAUGGUCCUAUAUUUUCAAUUCAGUUAGGAUUAAGGCCAACCAUUGUUGUCUCCUCACCUAAGUUAGCAAAAGAGUUAUUGAAAGACCAUGACCUUGAAUUCAGUGACCGACCGAAAUUACUCGGCCAGCAGAAACUCUCCUACAAUGGGUUAGAGAUGAUAUUUUCCCCAUACGGUGAGUUUUGGAGAGAAAUUAGAAAAAUAUCUGUUGUCCAUGUCCUUAGUUCCAGACGUGUCUCAAGAUUUUCUUCAAUAUGAGAGUUUGAGGUCAGAAAGAUGUUGAAAAAGUUAUCUGGGCAUGCCUCAUCUUCCAAGGUUACGAAUUUGAACGAACUGCUGAUGUCCCUAACCAGCACUAUCAUUUGUAGAAUAGUGUUUGGGAGAAGCUACGAAGAUGAAGGAGCUGAAAGGAGCAGGUUCCAUAGCAUGUUCAAUGAGUGUCAGGCUAUGUGGGCAACCUUCUUCGUCUCAGAUUAUAUUCCUUUCUUAGGUUGGGUUGAUAAACUCUCGGGGCUACGUGCUCGUCUGGAUCAGAAUUUCAAGGAUUUAGAUAAGUUCUACCAAGAAGUCAUUGAUGAACGCAUGGAUCCUAACAGAAACACUGAAGAGCAUGAGGGUAUAAUAGAUGUUUUACUUCAGCUGCAGAAGGAACGUUCCUCUUCCAUAGAUCUUACAAAUGAUCACAUCAAAGCACUGCUCCUGGACAUGCUUGUAGCAUCAACAGAUACAACUGCAGCCACAACAGUGUGGGCCAUGACUGCACUGCUAAAAAAUCGAAGAGUAUUGAAGAAAGUUCAAGAAGAAAUUAGGACUUUGGGAGGUAAGAAAGAAUUUCUAGAAGAAGAUGAGAUUGAAAAGUUUCCCUAUUUCAAAGCAGUGACAAAAGAAGUGCUGAGACUAUAUCUACCAGCGCCACUACUUGUGGCAAGAGAAACAACUGAAGCAUGCACGAUAGGUGGUUAUGAAAUUCCAGCCAGAACAAUAGCGUAUGUGAAUGCUUGGGCAAUCCACAGAGACCCUGAGUCUUGGAAAAACCCAGAAGAGUUUUUGCCAGAAAGGUUCUUAGAUAGUAGUGUAGAUUUUCAUGGGCAUGAUUUUGAGCUAAUUCCAUUUGGUGCUGGUCGAAGAAUUUGUCCUGGUAUUCCUAUGGCUGUUGCCUCAGUCAAUCUUAUUCUUGCCAAUCUUCUGAAUUCGUUCGAUUGGGAAUUGCCAGCAGGAGUGACAAAUGAAGACAUUGAUACAGAAAUGUUGCCAGGGCUUACUCAGCAUAAGAAGAAUCCACUCUAUGUUUUGCCCAAGCCUGGAAUCUAAAUCUUUAAUAAUGAAAUUAAUGUAUUAAUAUUACAACAAAGUUCCUUCCAUGGAAGAAAUAACAAGGGCAUGCUGAUAUUAUGUAUGUUGUGUGGUUCUUAUCUUAUACUGCAUUGUGUUAGCUUAAUCAAUCACAUUUCCAU